AUGAAUUUUUCCAGAUCUGGUAGCAAUGGAGAGUCGGUACAUCCACAUCGACUGGACAAACCGGCACUGGUGAAGCUCAUUCUCAGUUUCCCUCCUCUUAAAGGAUCUAGUGCCAGUUGGGAGGUUCUUUUCAAAAGGCUUUACCAACUCAUUCAGUUGACAGAACAAUGCCCAGAUUUGGAUGAGCAUAUGGAUUCUCUGCUGCUAUUCCUUCACUCUGUUCCCGGUCUGAAGGAAGUAAAAGUUUGGCUAAACAACCUGAUUGAGAGCUGGGCGGCUGGUCUGUUCGCCCUCUUUCUGUCUUGUUCUAGCUUACUUCACUUGCAAUUGAAAACCAGUAUGUCUCUUGUUAGUGAUGUGGAGAGUCUGGGUAUAAUGAGAGAUGAUGGAGUGAGGCUCUCUGUUGGCUGUAAUCAUCUGAAAUAUAUAGAUGACUUCUCUGAUAUCAACCUGUUUAAACCUCCAGAGCACAAAGUGCUUCCCUGCAUAAGCAUCACUUUAACAGAUGACUCUGAGAAUGCAAAUGCUGACUGGAGGAGAUUCUUUCAGGCCUACAACCAGCUAAAAGACCUGACUGAGUUUUCUUUAGAAUAUGAUGAGAGUGUGAGUGAGCUGAUCUCUGUCCUGCACUCGGUCUCUGGUCUUAAAGAAUUGGAUCUUUUCUUCAGAUUCAUGACUGUGGAUGGAGCAUCCAGAGUCCUGGACCUCAUUCAGACAAACACCAGUCUGACUACAUUAAAUUUUGUGACAGUCAAGCGGCCUGAGAUAAGUAAGGCUAACAUCAAGAAGGACUGCAGGAAUGAAUUCUUCUGGGCUCGGUCUGCAGGAGAGAUAUCAGAUGACAGUGAUGAAGAUGGCAUAUCCCCUCCUCUCAGUGACUGCAGCGAUGAAAUCAACCAGAGUGAUUCUUAUGAACUGGACAGCGUGGAGCGUGUUGUCUGCUCAGAUAUCAGGAUGUGGAGGAGAUUAUCAGGGCAAUGCAGGGUGUCUUUGAAGUGCACCAGCUCCAGUCCCAGGACAAAGUCGCUGUUCUCAGAGAUAGAGCUCAUCCUGUCUGAAAACUCAGAAAAAACUAGCAGUGACUGGAAAAACUUUCUAAAAGCAUAUAUCCAAUGCAAAGGGAUCUCUAUAAUAAGUCCUACAUUUGAGGAGAGUGUGGAUGCUCUGCUGUUGUCCCUGCACUCGAUGUCUGCUGUGAACGAGGUGCGACUGACCACCGAAAGACUGACCGAGAACUUGGCUGUGAAGAUCUUCUCCAUGUGUCACACAGCUCCCAGUCUCCAUAACAUCUGUUUGCAGGUGGAGUACAGUAAUACACACAGUGAGCUCAGUGUGUGUUCCUCUCUCAACAUCACCAGAAACACAGACUCCACCUUGACAGUCGACAUUCAGUUGGCCAGUGAUAGCAUGAUUGAAACAUCUCCAUCAUUCAUUUCAUUCAUAUCGCCAUGUUCAGAGAUAUCUAAACUGGACGGACAGGAACUCUUUGAAACUCUUGACAUCCUUAAAGGUUUAGAAGAUGGAUGUGAAGAGCAUGAAGAGCUUGUGGGCGAUUUGAUGUCCACUUUGCUCUCCGUUUCUGGUCUGCAGAAGGUCAGACUCAAGAUCAGCAGUCUAACGGAGAACUGGAUGAAGAAGUGUCUGUUCUUAACUGAAGUCUGUCCCAGUCUUCAGGAGAUCAGAUUUGACUGCAUAGAAAGUGGUGGCUUGUUGUUGGAGGAGGUAGAGAGGAUUCUGCAGAGCUCUCAGAUGGAUACAGAUUGCAGGAUAAUUAUCACAGGGAUGAAGCGCAGUAAAGCCAUGAAUGGGUGCACUGCAGUCAUGAUGGACACAUCCAGAUCAUCAUCAGCCUGUGAUCAGAAAGUGAAAGUCAGCUUUUUCAGGGACUCUCUCACAAGACGGUUCACAAUAGACAACAUUGAGACAGAAGACACUAAUGAUGACGACCCUGAGGAUGAAGACAUUAUCUUUUAUUAUUGAUGAAUGCCAGAAAAUGAAUCCAAUAUUAAGAUUGUUUAGUAAAAAUACAUAGUUCCAUAUAUUUCUAUUGAGCCUGUCCUCCAACAAAAAACGACCAUAUAGGUUUGUGCAAGCACCUUAUUUCGACCUAUAUUUAUGUUUUAAGGUUAAGGCAAAAAAUAAUGGCAGUAUCGCAUUGGGUCUGUCAUCAUGAAAUGACGUAUAAUGUCAUUACCAAUCAAAACGCACAUUUAUUAAAGUGCAAUGUGUGGGCUUUUUACACCGAUCUCACAGUAUUUCUUACAUAUUUUACUAGGUGGCUUAUUUGUUCGAAUGAACACACCUAACCCCACCCCUAAACCUAACCCUCACAGAAAUCAUGCUAAAUUAUGAUUUAUUGAGCAGAUACAUUUUCGUUCAUGUCCGUUCCCUUGGAUCGAACCCAUGAUUGCAUGAUUACAAAUCAAGGUAUAUAACGCAAUAAUGUACCAACUGAGCUACACGAAACGCAAAUCAGAGUGCAAAUAAAAGAGUACAAAACAUUAAUAUGAAAACGACCUUUUUCCCAUAGGGGCGCAAUUCUAGUAUACGCUCUGAUGGGUCGUAUUUCAGAGAUUUGGACAAACAACCUAUACGAGGGUAUUGGUUGGAGGACAGGUUGUAUUUAUUAGGCAUUUAUUAGGCUUUAUUAAACUUAAAGGCAUAUUCAUCUGUAAAUUAAACAAAUAUUAUACCAAGAAUAACAUAUUUGAAAAGUUAACCUUAGUGCUAUAAAUCUAUUAAAAAAAUAACUAAUCAAUCACACAUUUUUUAUACAAUUAAUUGUGAUUAAUUGCAUAUUAAUAUAUUUAUGUUAUCAUAAUUUCACAUUGAACCUCCAAAUGAAUGAGCAAAUAACAAAGACGGUAUAUUAUAAAUACGGUUUAAUGUUAUCUUUUUUCCAAGUAGCCUAAUGUUAAUGAAGGCCAGUAUCAGUAUACCAGUAAUGUUACUGAUAUCUCUUACAUUCAUUUUCUCUCAAUUUUAGCCAAUAAUUAUAGCCUUUCAACAUUACAGUAUAACUGAAAGCCAUUAUUUUUUAACACUUAAUAGGCUCUGAAAAAUGACAACUCUAAAUCUAAGUGAACUUAAAAACAGUCUUCACAUAAACUACAUUUUUUAUGUAUAAACUAUAAAAUGAAUAUAAAUUAAUCUUUAUUCAAACUACAAAAGUUAAUUAGCGACUAUAGAGCAGUGGAGUGAUUUUUCUUUUCUUUUUUUGUUCUUUGAUUUACAUCAAUGACAGACUUUAUCAGGCUUCACUUUAAAAGCAGCGCUAUCUCUUUCAAACCUGAUCCACAAUAAUUUUGGACUGGUUUAAGACUGUGUUUACGAGGUAACUCACCAUAACUGCACAUUUUAAUUUCACAUUUUAAUGAUUGUGUGCGUUUUUGCCUGCUGAAGCAGCUCUGUGUAUGUGGAAAAUCGAACGCGCAGCCUUUCAAACUCCAUUUGACAAUAAACUUUGGAAAAUUAUUAAUUUUGUGAACUUCAAUUAAAAUUGUGA